GGGGAGCGGCUGCGGAGCGCUCGCACUGCGGCUUCCGCCCGCCGAGCGGCGGCCAGGGCAGGGCGGUCGCCGGGCACGGUGGAGCCGGGGGGGGGGGCGGCGGAGCGAAGCGCGGGGGGGAAGCGCCCCGUAUGGGAUGGGCCGGGUCAGGCCGGGCCCCGCCGCUCCGAUGGUGAUGGCGGCCCGCGGGCUGCGACCGCCCCGCCGCGCCCGAGCCGGAGCCGCGGAGCUGCCGCUGGUGCUGGUGCUGGUGGUGCUGAGCCGCGGAGCCGCGCAGGAGCUGAGCCCCCGCGGCAGGAACGUCUGCAGGGCCGGAGGCUCCGCGGUGCUCAUGUGCUGCCCAGGAUGGAGGCAACAAGGAAGCGAGUGUUUAAUAGCUGUGUGCGAGGGGAACUUCACCUGCAAGGAGAAUGAGGUGUGUGUCCGGCCUGGCGAGUGCCGCUGCCGCCAUGGCUACUUUGGAGCCAACUGUGACACCAAGUGUCCCCGGCAGUUCUGGGGUCCCGACUGCAAGGAGAUGUGCAGCUGCCACCCCAACGGGCAGUGCGAGGACGUGACGGGGCAGUGCACCUGCAAUGCCAACCGCUGGGGUCCCAAGUGCGAGAACAUCUGCCUCUGCAAGCACGGCAAGUGUGACCAGAAGACAGGCAAGUGCACCUGCGAGCCCAACUGGUGGGGACCGCAGUGCUCCAGCUCCUGCUACUGCAGCCACAACUCCCAGUGUGACCAGCAGACAGGGAACUGCCUGUGCCAGCCCGGCUGGUGGGGCCGCGGCUGCAACAACCAGUGCUCCUGCAACAACUCUCCCUGCGAGCAGUUCACGGGGCGCUGCCAGUGCCGGGAGCGGACGUUCGGGCCCCGCUGCGACCGCUACUGCCAGUGCUACAAGGGCAAGUGCAACCAGGUGGAUGGAACGUGCACGUGUGAGCCGGGAUACCGCGGGAAGUACUGCCGCGAGCCGUGCCCUGCGGGAUUCUAUGGACAGGGCUGCAGGAGGCGGUGCGGGCAGUGCAAGAGCCUGCAGCCGUGCACCGUGGCGGAUGGGCGCUGCCUGACCUGCGAGGCGGGCUGGAAUGGCACCAAGUGCGACCAGCCCUGCUCUCCCGGCUUCUAUGGAGAGGGCUGUGAGAAGCUCUGCCCCCCCUGCAAGGAUGGUCACACCUGCAACCACAUCAACGGCAAGUGCUCCCACUGCAACCCUGGCUGGAUUGGAGACCGGUGUGAAACGAAGUGCCGGAACGGGACAUACGGGGAGAACUGCGCCUUUGUCUGCAGUGACUGCGUCAAUGGCCAGUGCCACUUUGAGACAGGCCGCUGCCUCUGCCACCCCGGCUCCCAUGGCACCUACUGUAACCUCACGUGCCCGCCCGGCCGCUAUGGAGCCAACUGCGCUGAAGCCUGCAGGUGCCACGACGGUGCCUGCAACCCGCUGACAGGCGCCUGCCACAUGGAGGCCAACCAGCGGAUGGGGGUGAUCGGUGCAGGGGCGCUCCUGGCACUACUGCUCAUCCUCCUGCUCUCCCUGCUCUGCUGCUGUUGCAUCUGCCGCAAGAAGGACGAAGCCUGUGGCUCCGGCCAGGACCCGGCAGCAGCCAAGAAGCCACCGAGACGCUUGUGCGGGCGGUUCAGCCGCAUCGGCAUGAAGCUCCCGCGCAUCCCACUGCGGCGCCAGAAGCUGCCCAAGGUCGUGGUUGCCCACCACGACCUGGAGAACACCCUGAACUGCAGCUUCAUUGAGCCACCCUCUGUGGUGGAGCAGCCUUCCCCGUCCUGGUCAUCCCGUGGUUCCUUCUCCUCCUUCGACACCACGGAUGAGGGGCCGGUGUACUGCGUCCCCCACGAAGAGAGUGUGGGUGACAGCAGGGACCGGGGGACACCCGCCAGCCCCGGGGACAAGUUGGCGGCCCCGGCCGGCGGGGAGGAAGCAGGUGAAUACACCUUCCUGAAGGAGACGGGCUCGGUCCGAGCCUUCCCGGCCGACAGCAGCGAAACGCCCCUGCUCAAGUCCUCGGACAGCGAGCGCUCGUCCUGCGGCUCGGGCUCGGCCGGUGCCGCGCUCUAUGCCCGGGUUGCCCGUCUCUCCAAGCAGUCCAAGGAGGAGGAGGAUGGCACCGCAGAGCCACGCGGCCCCGGGAAGCCACCGUCCCCAGAACGGACCAAGCCCCGUCCCCCAGACCCAGCCACAAAGCCCAAAGUCUCCUGGAUCCACGGCAGGUACAGCUCCAGCCAAUCCAACUCGCUCCCGGUGUCCAGCCGGUCCCCAGAGCGAGCGGCUGCCCGGUCCGACAGCCCCGAGCAAGGACAGGGCUUGGACAAGAGGAAGAGGAGCCCGAGCGAGACAUCGGCCGGCGUGCAGGGCAGGGCAGAGGAGAGGGGCAGCGCGCGGGGCAAGGAGAAAGCACAGAAGCAACCAAAGGAGCCUGGUGUCCCUGAGGGCAAAGCCAGCCUGCCCGGGGAGCCCCAGUCACCCUCCAAGCCCAAGCAGAGGAGCAAAGCCAGCUCAGAGCCCACAGAGAGCAUCAAUGGGGCUGUGCAGAACGCCUUCCGGAAGAUGGGCGCCUUCCAGCCAGAGCGGCGGGCUGGGGACACCAGGGAUGCUCCGCGCAGCCCCGGCGCUGGCAAACCCCGCUCCGAGCCCCUCCAUCCCCAGCUGGCCUCCGAGCUGGCUGCCCAGCUGAAGGAAAAGACUCAGAGCCUCAGCAAGGGGGACGGAGGCGCCCGGGCAAACGGAGUGGGAGUGCAGCGGGAGAAGCCCACUCCUCCACAGAAAGCCAAGCGCUCAGCGGCCGCCAGCGGCCAGAAGACCAGCAAGCCCCUGCUGCCCACUUCUCCCCCCCUGCAGAAACUGAUCCCCGGGGUGGCCGAGCCGGUGGCCGGGGAGCACAAAUGGGUGGAGAAGCCGAGCACCGGCAGCAGCCAGGACCCGGCUCCCCCCGGCGAGCAGGCGGCCAAGAAAACCCCCAUCAAAAAGCCCCCCCGGAAGAAGAGCCGAGAAGCCAGCCUGGAGCCGCCCAGAGCCGCUGCCGCGCCCGCUCAGGCCGUGCAGUGACCGGGAGCUGGGCACCAGCCCCCGCCAGCCGGCCCCGUGCCAGAGGAAGGACGUUUGCCAGCACGGCCGGUGGGCAUGGGAGCCUGGGCUGGGCAGGGGGCACGGGAGCAGUCCUGAGCCUGCAAUUCCCCUUCUCUCCAUCUCUCUCAUCCCCCUCUCUCCUUUAGUCUCCCCUGCUCCAGGACCUGGUCCUCCCCAUCCAUGCCCCGCUGCCUGCUCCCUGCCAGGACUGCAGGGAGUUGGCCUGGCCACCAGCCCCGGGGGGGUCCGUGCUUGGCAUCCCCCCCUUUUUGUAGCAGUAUUAUUGAUCGCAUAAGCAGCGCUUGUACCCACAGUGUAUUCUGCAGUAACGGAGACGCUCGCUUCCCACACCCCAUGCUUGGGGUGCAGCCGGGUGCGGGGUCUCCGCACCCAUCACUGGCACCGAGCCCCUGCCCUGGCACCCUGGGCUCCAGGCACGGCUCCAUUGCUGGUGCUGCCGCAGCUGUGCCGUGCCCGGCGUGGGGUCGAGCUGGUUUCGACCGAUGCCACCCUCCCCUCCAGCCCUGGGGUUGCUUCUGGACUGGAGGAGCGCCCUGGUUAUGGCCAGACCCAAUGUCCUUUGGGCUCUCCCUCCCACCCAGCGGCGUUGGAGGGUUCAUUCGGUACGACAGAGCCUGGCAUCUCUGCAGAGCGCUUCCCAAUAAAAGUGUAUUUCUUCCAUA